GCCAGAUUUCUCGAUCUCACGGGGACAAGGCGCGCACGAAUCGUAACGUUAGCCAGGCUGACUCGUUCGACGGACUAAUCGUUUUUGUUUUCAACCAAAUCGGACUGGCGUCACUGCAGCCAACAGUAUGUAGGUUUGGAUGUAUGUAUGUACCGGUAGGUAGUUGGACAAAAUAAUCUCGGCAAGGAUAGCUCUGAGGGGUCGCGGAGGGGUUGAAUGAGAUUAUGAGUUCAAUUCAGGUGGCAAAGAUCGUGGCUGGUGAAAUUCUUCUGCUAUAUUUAUUCUCUUGACGAUAAAAAAUGCCACACCAUAUCCCAACGAGAAAGGGGGGGAAAUGCUUGAACCUGGGCCAAGGCCAGAGGAGCAAUUUUUUUUUCUCUCUUCUCUCUCUCUCUUCCCUUGCCCUCACGGAUAUUCCCCUCGCGGCUCUAUUUCGAAGCUGCACUCCCCGCACUGCCAGAGAACGUGGCCACCCGUCCGAUGACUUUUGGUCGGGAAGAAAGAGAGAAAUAGAGCGUAUGUGGAAACAGAGCAAGAAUGCGAAGAGGAAGUAUAGCUUGUCAAGAUGUCCUUGCAAGUCAAAACCUAUAUCAACACAGACGAAAGAAUUUUUUUUUCCAGUGACCGCGGCAGGAUCGAUCUUGUAUAAAACUAACGGUAUUGGACUAAUCACUACAAUGGGAUUCAUAGCUGGUCCUGGCAAUCCGGAGAUGGGCAUGCAUAAGGUACUCCAGGCUGCCAGGGACCUUGAAUUGUUUCGUUGGCCUCGGGACAAGAACGGUGAUGUAAUCAGGAGACCUGGAUCAGCUCCGGCAGGCGAUCCAAGAUUUCCCUUCAUGGAUCUAUGUACUCUGACCUUGAUGAGAGAGGGAGGUGAGAGUCAAAAUAAUUCAUUUAAUUCAUCUGGGACAGUCUCCAUUCAUGAUCGGAGAUGCAUUCUUGUAAAGGGUUCCAUCCCGCGUCGGAGACUUUUCUGUCUCUCAUUGGUCCCGGUCUGCUGUUUGCUUGCUCAGUCUCGGCUGUGGCUGUUAUUGGCCCUGUCAAGUCAAGCACCCGGUCGGGUCCUUAGGUAAUCUCUCAUCUCGGACUCGCUCUAAUCUCCGCUCUUUCUCUCUCAGCACCACAAUUGUGUUCCCAGCGUCGUAGCCAUAACCGCCACCUGUUUAUGCAACCACUGAUUACACUGUCAUCGACAGUGCUGCUCAUGGUGUUCCACCGGUAGACGAUAGACGGUCGACUGAAUUCCCUGAGGAUCUCUGCAGGAUGGUCUUCCGGAUGCUUGGGCUCCAAGCGUUGGAGGUGUGUGUCUUUGGGCAUAAUGGACUCCUCUCAUCCCUUCAUCGCACAGCAGCCUAAUGCUAAUGCACUUUCCCUUCUCUCUCAGACGCUGCUCGUUCGUCAGGUUUGUCAACGAUGGCCGAAGUCCGCUGCGAAA